AUGGGCGAAAGCCGCGGCAGCAUCGGUUUCUUCACGACCUACAGGCCGUCCAUACCGCUGGACAUCUUCUCGUGCCCCGUUCCUCCGCUGCCAUUGACGGCUAACAGCGAGGAGCUCCUCACCGAUGGCGUCUACUACAACCAGAACUGCCGCCCCGUCCCGCCGGCGGCGCUCAAGGAGCUGCUCGUGUUCUUGGGCAAGAAGAACCCCGAGCUGGCUGCCAGGUGCGGCGCCACGCCGGAGGACGCGGUCGCGGGCCGCGUCACCGGCCUGGUCUUCGUCUCCGAGAUGGACGACGGCCUCGAGACGCUGUGCGUGGCUCUGCGCUCCAACUCCAAGGGCGGCGGCGGCGACGCGUCAGCGAACGUGGCGGUGCUAAGCCUGGCCAAAAUCUAUGGCCACGGAACCUUCGGCAGCGCGCGCAUGGAGGACAGCGGCUGCAUCGCCGGCGGCUUCACGGCGGGCGGCCGAGCCGUCGGCCACUCGCUCGUCUACGUCUCCACAAAGGAGCCGGCCAGGACGCGGCGCACCCCGUGGACUGUCGUGUACAAGACCAACCUAGCAGACGGCAAGACCGAGCGCCUCACUCCACCAGAUCAGUAUGAUUUGAGCCCGGCGGUGUCGCCGUCCGGGGAGAUGGUGGCGGUGGCCAACUUCCGGUGGCACCAGUGGACCGGCGAGAUCGAGCACCUCAAGACGGACAUCGUCGUCAUGAACGUGGACAGGGAGGCGCAGGGUGGUCUGCGCCGGAGGAUCCUCAUCAGGGACGGUGGCUGGCCGACGUGGGGCAUGGACAACGUCAUCUUCUUCCACCGCGGCGUCGACACCAAGCUCCCCAGCGGCGCCGUGCAGACGAACUGGGGCGUGUUCCGGUACGACAUCGCCACCAGGCAGACCACCCGGGUGACGCCGGAGGCCUUCGACGCCGUGACGCCGGCAGCCAUCAGCGCCACCAGAGUCGCCGUGGCCACCAUCCGCCAGAAGACCGGGCCGACGAACGACCACCGCGGGGAGGCGCAGUGCUGCCACAUCGAGAUCUUCGAUGUCAACGACGGCCCUGACCGGCCGGUGAAGAUCACCCAGAACAUCAGCCCAGAGGUCGACCACUACAACCCCUUCAUCCUGGAUGGCGGCAGGCACGUUGGGUACCAUCGCUGCACAACAACCAACACUCUAAAAUAUCAUGGGUCAUGCAUGCAGAGUGGAUAUAGCAACAUCACCCAAAAGGUUCACAAGAUACAAUCUCCAGAGUCGCACAAGGAUGUGGGGCUAUUCAGGGUAUCCGGUGUCUUCCCAACCGUCUCCAAGGACGGCUCUAAGCUCGCCUUCGUUGACAAUGACUUCAGAACCGUCUAUCUUGUCGACAGCCAGGGGAUGCACAAAGUCCAUGAGAGAAGAAGCUCGAACAGUAUCUUCUCAAUAGUGUGGAACCAGAACCCUGACAAGGACACCCUCUACAUCUGUAUAGGGCCAUCCUUCAGUGCCUCCCAGCCCCUAGAGAUCUAUGCCAUCUCCAAAGUGUCCGGGCGACACACCGCCCAGAGGGUGUCGCGCCUCACCGAUGGCGGUUUCAACAACGCCUUCCCUUCCAGCAACCCGGAAGGGACCAAGUUCGUGUUCCGGUCGACGAGGGGUGGAGGGGAUAAGAAGCAUAAGAACUUGUACAUCAUGGAGGACUCGGAUGAGGGGGAGUUCGGUGAAGGCACGGUCACACGGCUGACCAACGGGCCAUGGACCGACACGCACUGCAGCUGGUCACCAAGAGGAGACUGGAUUGUCUUCUCCUCCUCCCGCGACAAGCCGGCCGGCGCGCUGGAGAUGGACCUCCUCGACCCGGGCUUCUUCGCUAUCUACCUUGUGAAUGCCACAGACCCCACGGUGAUUGUGCGGGUGAUGAAGAGCUCGGAUACCAUCGCCGGGCACGUGACCCACCCGGUGUUCAGCCCGGACAUGCGGAGCAUUGUCGUCGCCUCCGACAUCGCCGCGGUCUCUGCUGACCCCAUCUCGAUGCCACAUUUCCUGCACUCCGUCAGGCCCUAUGGCGACAUCUUCACCGUCAACCUCCGUGACAUGGAGGACAUCAAGAAGAACCAGGACAUCCAAGAGUACCACCGCAUCACGCAUAGCCGCUAUGAGUACUCCACUCCGACAUGGUCCAAGUUCGCCACCGACGAUCCCAACACCCAAUGGAGCAAGCUCAUAACCAAGAGCAUCGCAGCAUUUGGGGCGGCAUGCCCGCGGUAA